AUGUUUGGACCAAAUUCUAUUGAUUUCAAUUCAUUAUUCGAAAGUUCUUUAGUAACAGAACUAGAUAUAUCUUCUGUUUUGGAUUUCGGCAAUGCUGGAAUUUCUUGUACAUUCACUUUUGCUGAGAUGCUAGAAUCAGCUUCUUAA